AUGCAGAGAGAACUGCUUAUUGGAGUUGAUGUCGGUGGAACAAACACUGAUGCAGUGCUCCUGGAUGCCGCUGAGUUCACCAACCCAGAAACCAGAGGUGUUCUAGCCUGGAACAAGUCCAAUACCACUACGGAUGUCAGUGAUGGUAUCGAGAAAGCCAUCCAGACGCUGUUUGAUCAGGCCAAGUCAGUCCAGAAGUCCGAAGUCGCAGCCGUCACCAUCGGCACAACGCACUUCAUUAAUGCCGUGAUUGAGCAGGAUAGAGCCAGACUAGAGAAGGUAGCUGUGUUAAGAUUGUGUGGACCAUACACCAAGAACAGUUUCCCGUUUUCAGACUUUCCGGCAGGACUCAGGGACAUUACCGAGGGUUACGUCGGUUAUCUUCAAGGUGGAAAUCAGGUGACCGGAGACGAGAUCCGGGAGCUUGACGAGGCAGAGAUCCGGGAACAUUGCAGCAAGAUCAAGAAGCUUGGACUUUCGGCCGUCGUGGUGAUUGGUAUUUUCGCAACUAUGUUACCGGCACAUGAAAUUCGUUGUGCUGAGAUUGUUGCCGAGGAAAUUACUGGGGCCAAGGUGGUGAUGUCGCACCAGGUCUCCGGGGUAGGCUUCUUGGAGCGCGAGAACGCAGCCAUUCUGAAUGCUUCCAUCGUUCAUUUUGCAAAUAAAAUUAUUGCCUCGUUCAAAAGUGCUAUUAAGAGGAUUGGUCUUGAUUGUCCCUUGCUUCUGACACAAAAUGACGGAACUGUGCUGACUACUGCCGAAGCCAGACAGACUCCCAUUAGGACGUUCUCCUCCGGAGCUACCAACUCCAUGAGAGGAGCGUCUUUCCUCUGUUCUGCCGAUGCUGAUCUCAGCGGAAAGGCCAUUAUGGUGGUUGAUGUUGGUGGAACCACUACGGAUGCCGGUUUGCUUUUGCCGAACGGAUUUCCUCGCCAGUCUUCCUCGUAUUCCAUUGUGGGUGGAGUACGCAUGAACUUCUCUAUGCCUCAGGUGGAGAGUAUUGGUUUGGGCGGCGGUUCCAUAGUGAGAAUAGAAGGAAAUGAUCUCACUGUUGGCCCAGACUCGGUAGGAAGUGAGAUUAUGACUAAGUCCAUGAUUUUUGGCGGAAAUAUCAAAACCGCCUCGGAUCUCACUAUUGCCCAGGCCGUGGAUGCUGGGUCCGAGGACGAGAUCUACAAGAUUGGAAACACGGAGGCCGUCAAGGGUAAAUUUGACACUAUCACCAAGUCAAGAUUUACUGCAGAACUUAAGACUAUGCUUGAAGGCCUGAUUGACAGAAUGAGAACGUCACCAGAGCCGUUGCCAGUUCUUCUUGUUGGAGGAGGGUCCUUCAUUGUUCCCUCCGAACUAGAAGGUGCCUCCAAGGUGUUGAGACCACCAUUUUUUGGCGUUGCAAAUGCAAUUGGAGCUGCUAUUGGAAAAAUAUCUGCUUCCACUCAUACCAUCAGAAUUGUUCCUGUUGGAGGUGAUAAGGAGGCUGUUCUAGAAGGCCUCAAGAUGCAGGCCUUUGAGAAUCUGCUCGAAAGAGGUGCUCUUCGUGACAGCAUUACCACUGUGGACUUGGCCAUAGAUACCGUGCCAUAUAUCCCUAAUACUUAUGAGUUCCAGGUCAAGAUGGUGGGUGACGUUGAUUAUAAGAAGAUGAAACAGGCGUUCGAGAAGGAGGCUGACGAUAUUGAGGUAGCCACUGAGGAUGGCCAUGUAGUGAAAAACUCCUCUUUCAAAGACGAAAAAACUACGAAAAUUGCCAGAAAGACAAACUGGAAGACUUAUCGUCCUUUUAUUAACGCUGACCGCGAAUGGCUACUCAGUGAGCCGGAUCUUGAGCUGAUUGCUAUUGGUUCGUACAUUCUAGGUUGUGGUGGUGGAGGAAACCCUUACGCAAUGUUCCUGCAAACGCGCAAUUUCUUGAGACAAGGUGACACGAUCAAGGUGGUUGAUAUCGACGAUAUCCAUAAGUACUGUGAAGGGGAAGGUGCCAUUAUCUCUGUAGGAUUUGCUGGAUCACCAACUGUCUCCAAGGAGAAGAUUCCCAGUGAUGAACUAAUGGACUGCUACAAUGCACUGGCCCAAUACACCGGGAAAAGACCAGAACUGGUUCUUCCACUUGAGAUUGGAGGAAGUAAUGGGUUCACAGGCUUCCAGGUUGGAACCUCGUCGAAACUGAACAUCCCGGUGGUUGAUGGUGAUUUUAUGGGAAGAGCUUAUCCGACCCAUUGGCAAACAAUUCCAUUUGUGUAUUCGGACAAGCCUUUCUACUGCCCUGCUGUUUUUUCUGAUGGAAACGGAAAUGAUGUGAUUAUCCCACGUGUUUCCAAGGAUGUUUAUUUCGAAAAAAUAAUGAGGGCUUCUUUAGCAGAACUGAGUGCCAGUGUUGGGUGUAUCAACGCCCCAAUGAAGGCCGCUGAGAUGGACCUCAAGACUAUCCACAGAUCGGUGUCUCUGGCUUGGAGAAUCGGAAAGGCUGUCAUGCUCGCCAGACAGGAGUCGGACAUUGAAGGAUUGCCCAAUCGCAUUCUCGAAGCCACUGGUGGCCCCGAGUCCGGUAAGCAUCUCUUCUCAGGUAAGAUCGUUGGUGUCGAGACCAAGAUGUGGAAGGGCCAUGCUUAUGGUGAAGUGCGUAUUGAGGAAACUGGUACCGAGAGGAUGAUGACAAUUCCUUUCAAGAACGAGAACAUAAUAUGCAGCAUUAAGGCUUCUCCAGACUCAGAACCCGAGGUGAUCUGUUCUGUACCGGACCUGAUUUCUGUCAUUGAUGCUGAUACCGGAGAAGCUGUAGGCACAUCAGAUUACCGCUAUGGAAUCAUGGUUUUUGUUCUUGGAAUUGCUCCCAGUGACAAAUGGACUAGCACCCAGAAGGGCAUUGAUGUUGGUGGACCCAAGUCUUUCGAUAUGCCUGAGGUGGAGUACAAACCCUUGGCGAAGUAUUUCAGAACUGCGUCUGUGAUUGACGAGUACUAUGAGAAGCCAUAA